AUGAUAGAUAUGGACAAGAGUAAAGACGUGAGGCCAAGAGCCAGUCGGUUCUCAAGACAUCAGAUUAAGCAAUCUGGACACAAGCUUCUCUCCGGUUUGAAUGGUGGUGACUUAGUUGUUUCUUUGGAGAAAUCGAAGAGAAUUAAAAGAUUGAGUGCUGUUAAUAAUAAUAUUAAUAACAACAAAGGGAGUUGUAGUUACGAGGUGGAGGAAGAACGGAAGUGUGAGAUGGGUGGUGGUGGUGGUGACGUGUCAGAUAAAGAAGAAGUUCAAGCAUCUACUACUACUUUUAGUACUACUAGUACUAGCAGUAAGAGAUUCAAGCUUCCCAGAAAGUUUUUUGGUGAUUGCAAUGGUGUUGAUCAUGCAUCUGUUCCAAGGAAGCUACGGUCAGCCAUGAAGAAACGCAAUCGCGAAUCUAUCUCUCCACCUUUUCGAGAUUCAAAGAAGCUGAACUACGCUAAUGGAGUGGAAUCACCCAAAAGGGAUGGUUUGAAGAAAUCGAGACUGAAUGUGAAACAACCAGACCCAGACUGGUCCAGAAAACAGGGUGUCUGUGGGCCAAUAACGAAAGAUGAGGAAGAAGUUGUGGAAACCUUAUAUUCUCUGGCAGAAAUGUUCGUCGACAAUGAAGAACCUCAAAAUGAGGGUAAAUUGGAUCGUACUUCUUUGGAUGCAGGUCCUUUAACAUUGCAAGACUAUAGCGAGAGUGAUCCCCCCGAUUUUGAAGCUGUAAAAGAGGACUUGAACUCAAUUUGCCACCUGAGAAUUGACGAGGCUGCUGAGGAAACAGUAAAUGACAAAAUUCCUAAAGUCGAUUAUUUGAUUGAGCCUAGUGUUCAAGAUAAAGUCCAUGGUGAAAUAGGCAGUUGUGUUGCUCAAGUGAAUCCGCCCACUAUGUUAGCUAAACAGGCCGAGCAAAAGCCAUUGUGCAAUUCUGUUAAUAUUUUCAUUGCCCCUGAGCUACACCAAGAUACUGUCAAACUGGAGCAGUCCACACAGUUGGAGACCUCACUUGAGAGAAAGCCAGACAUUGCAUUGGGGUUGACAGCAACUGGAAGUCAACUAGAUCGACAGGAUACAAUCUGUCAAUCCAAGAACAAUGGUCCAGCAUUGUGGCCAGGUUUGUCUUCAACUGUACCAAGUGGUACAUGCAAUCAUGGUUCUUCAUCACAGUUCUCUGCCGCCAAAUUUCCUUCGUGGAUGGAUACUGCUGUUGGUGCUACCAGGCCCAGUUCAUUCCAAGAUUGUUCUUCUAUUGGAAAGGUUUCCAAAGUCAACACUGAUAAAAGAUCAUUGAAGAGGUCCACAACUCAUGUUUACAUAAGUCGUCUUAUUCGGGUUUUACAAAUUCCAGAGAGCAGAGACAGCUUGCCGCUAAAUCGGAAUCAACUGCGGCCACAGGAUAUAUUAAGGCAAGGUGUAUUUAUGACAAUAAACGACUUCAAUGGCAGCAGGAAUGGUUUGAAUGGAGCUACUCCUGCUAGAGCUGUAGGUAACGUGGCUGACAAGAAUUCAAAUCAAGUGGGAAUUGAUAGUCUUCAACGACGAAGACUGCAUCAAGAUCAGUCACAGACUUCUUCAGCAUCUGGGGUAUACAAUUCUCAGAAGCAGACUUUCAAUUUCUUGUCUUUGUCAACUGGUGGGGGCAGCCUUGAAGCUAAGAACAGUUCCAACGGAGUCGAAAAUAGGUCUGAACAAUCGGCUCAGCCGCAAUUUCCUUACCUUCACUCUCAUCUGCAACAGCAACAUUCCACACUCAUGCCUUUCCCUAUGUCCCAAGCGCAUUACUCAUCCUCAUCUUACCCUGAUCAGCCUGCAGCAGCAGCACAGCAGGCUCAGAUUCAGCUACCUCCCUACUUUGGCAACUUGUAUUGUGGUGCUCGCACAAGCCCUACAGGCUUCACAAAGCAGCAACAGAAACAGCAUCAGCAACAGCACCUGCAGCUCCAACAGCAUCAACAAAACCGGCUUUGGGCAUCUCAGCUGGCAGCAGCUCAAUACAGGACAGCUGGAAAUUCCACAGCCAUGACUCCUUUUCCAACCUGGCAAAAUGGAAGGCAAGACUCGUCUACGCAGAUAUCAAGUGCCCAAACCAUCAUCCCAACUUCGGCAUCUCAAGAAGCACUUGGUCCCAAGUACGCUCAGAUCUCCCAGCAGCAGCUUAUGACCAUUUCUACAUUGCCUCAUGCUCGGGUCAGAAGGCAAGAUCACCAUCUCUCCGCUGUUUAUGAAGAAACUGGAGGUGGGUUUCAAGCUGGCGGUGCACUGCCGUUGCAAUUACUCUUACCUUAUCUUGUAGGGGAAUGGUCUGAGCUGGUCAUUCCUUCAGACGCGGGUUUUUGGACUGUUGUGGCUGGCAAGUUUGGUGAUUUUUUGGAGCUACUGGAGCUGGCGGGUAAUAGAGGUUCUUGGGCUGUUGUGGCUGGCGGGUUUUGA